UGUUUCUUCAUUCAUUUUAGCACAAGCCCACCUUACUGCUGUGUGGACCUUUAUUCUUUACGAACAGGAGAGAUGGUCAAGUCUAUACAGUUCAAAACUCCUAUUUAUGAUCUGCAUUGCAAUAAAAGGAUACUCGUCGUAGUCCUGCAAGAGAAAAUCGCUGCCUUUGACAGCUGCACUUUCACUAAAAAAUUCUUUGUGACAAGCUGCUAUCCCUGUCCAGGGCCAAACAUGAAUCCUAUUGCCCUUGGAAGCCGUUGGCUUGCUUAUGCAGAAAAUAAGCUGAUCCGAUGCCAUCAGUCCCGUGGUGGAGCCUGUGGAGACAACAUUCAGUCUUACACUGCCACAGUCAUUAGUGCUGCCAAAACGAUAAAGACUGGGCUCACCAUGGUGGGGAAAGUCGUCACGCAGCUGACGGGGACGCUGCCUACGGGAGCAACCGAAGAGGAAAUUUUAGCUCAUAGCAAUGUUCGCCGGAGCCCUCUGGUGCCUGGGGUCAUCACCAUCAUUGACACGGAGACUGUGGCAGAAGGACAGGUAAUGCAGUUUGUGCAGAAACAGAAUGAGGGUUUGUUUUGACAGAAGUCGUAGGAA